UUUUCCUGAUCACAGUAAGGAGGAGUCCAUGCAAACUCCUGUGUUCUCCUCCUCUACUUAACUGACUCCACAGAGGAGGACAGAGAUCAGUGGUCACACUGUUGAACAUGAUGGAGUACAGGACAGGACUGCUGCUGUUAGCUGUCUGCUGGGCAGGUGUUGAUGGUCAGAGUCUGACACAGUCUGAAGCAGUGGUUAAAAGACCUGGAGAUUCACACAGACUGACCUGUACAGGCUCUGGAUACACAUUCAGCAGCUAUGAAAUGCACUGGGUCAGACAGGCUCCAGGAAAAGGUCUGGAGUGGAUUGCAGUUAUUAGCUAUGAUAGUAGCAACAUUUACUACUCUGACUCAGUCAGAGGUCGGUUCACCAUCUCCAGAGACAACAGCCAACAACAGCUGUAUCUGCAGAUGAACAGUCUGAAGACUGAAGAUUCUGCAGUUUAUUAUUGUGCUCGAGACGCAUAUAUAGCAGCUGGGGACUAUGAUGCUAUGGACGUCUGGGGGAAAGGAACGAUGGUCACCGUAACGUCAGCCACUGCCAUUAUACCGACUGUAUUUCCCCUGACACCAUGUGGUAAUGAACUUGGAAGUACGGUCACUGUUGGCUGCCUGGCCACUGGCUUCACACCAUCCUCAGUAACAUUCAGCUGGACCCUCAACGGAGUUGCUCUGGAUUCCGUACAGUACCCUUCAAUGCUGAGCGGCAACACUUAUACAGGAAUCAGUCAAAUCCAAGUCAGUAGACAAGACUGGACAAAAGAGAAGAUCUACAAAUGUAAAGCCAAAAACACUGCAGGAGAGGUUGAGAAGAACGUCGAGAUAGUCGUUCAUCGGGUUGUCCCUCCAAACAUCACCUUGUACCCUGUGUGGGAAGGUGACUCCCCAGUCAAACUCAUCUGCUUUUUAAGUGGCUUCUUCCCAAACAACGUGACUGUGAAAUGGCAGGAGGGAAACCAACCUCUAAAAAAUGUUACUAAGCAAACAAUGCUGGAGAACAGGCCAGGAAAGAAUAACGUCUACAGCCUGAAGAGUGAGAUUGACCUGGAUAGGACAGGAUGGAAAAGUGGCUCCACAAUACAGUGCAAGGCCAAUCACGAAAACAAUGAGUAUAUCCAAACAAUAAAUGUCUGUCAAAUUUAUGCAAAUGCCCCUCCUUUCAUUCAUGUGAAGAUUCCCAGUUUUCAGACAGUAAUGGAAGCAUCUGCCGUAAAUGCAACGUGUGCUGUUCAAACGUUCUUUGACGCCAAAAUAACCUGGCUGCUGGAUGAAAAUGUUACAGCUACAGAAACAAUGAAACAAACGGGAAGUGCAACUCAGCUGGUCAGUGACUUCACUGUUUCAUCGAGUCAGUGGAAACAAAUCAAAGUCCUAUCUUGUAAAGUUGAACAUGAGUGCUUCAAACCUGAUACAAAGAGUGUAAAUAUUACAGGGCCUGCAGUCACCCCUCCAUCAGUGGAGAUCAGGAGGUCUCUCCCAGAUUUACUGAAGGAAGAAAGUGUUGUACUCCAUUGUGACAUUACAAAACUCUCCUCUAACGACCUCUACGUCACCUUUCAAGCCAACGGUGUUGACAUCUCUGAAAAACUGUAUGUCGAUCUGCCUGCAACCUCUGACCUUCAUUCAGUCACCAGGAGUUUCUCCAUCCCUCCAAGUUACCGGAAGAAAGACUUUCAUUUUACCUGUACUGUCCAUCAAGGCUUCACUGAUUCCACAUUUAAGUCAAAACCAACUGGCAACAUUUUUGAUGAUCCGUCGGUGGAACUUUUGGUUCCCAGUGAAGAGUCAGAACCACAGAGACUUGUUUGCUCCGGUCAUGGAUUUAAUCCAAAAGUGAAAUGGAUUUUUAACUCUCAGGAAACCUCAACAAACAAUGACUUCACCAUGGGGGAGGAUGGACGUGUAACAGUGACCAGUGAAUUUAAUAUCACCCAGAGCGAGUGGAAAACAGGAGAUGUUGUCACUUGUGACAUUUCUGAUGCAACUCUGAAGAGAAAGGUUCGCAAGGAUGCCAGCUUCUGCUCAGUUUAUACAAGUGGACCUCCUUGCAUUAGUAUGAAGACUCCCAGUUUCCAUUCUGUCAUGGAAGCUUCUAAAGUGAAAGCCACAUGUUAUGUUGACACAACCUUUGAUGCCACGGUGACCUGGGUGAUGGAUGGAAACAAUCCACGAGCAAACACAGUGAACAAAACACAAAACACAACUCAUAUAAUCUCUGAAGUGACUGUUGCAUCAAGACAGUGGAAGCAACUGAAGGUCAUAUCUUGUAAAGUUGACCACACAUGCUUUUCAUCUACCGAGAGCGUUAAAGUCAGAGGGCCUGCAGUCACCCCUCCAUCAGUGGAGAUCAGGAGGUCUCUCCCAGAUUUACUGAAGGAAGAAAGUGUUGUACUCCAUUGUGACAUUACAAAACUCUCCUCUAACGACCUCUACGUCACCUUUCAAGCCAACGGUGUUGACAUCUCUGAAAAACUGUAUGUCGAUCUGCCUGCAACCUCUGACCUUCAUUCAGUCACCAGGAGUUUCUCCAUCCCUCCAAGUUACCGGAAGAAAGACUUUCAUUUUACCUGUACUGUCCAUCAAGGCUUCACUGAUUCCACAUUUAAGUCAAAACCAACUGGCAACAUUUUUGACGAUCCUUCUGUGGAACUUCUUCUGGUUUCUAGUAAAGAUUCUGGACCACAGAGACUAAUAUGCUCUGGCCAUGGAGUUAAUCCUCAAAUUAAAUUUUUUCCUGAUCUAAUUCCCUUAAAUGAAGGCACCACCUUAAGAGCUGAUGGACGUGUUUCAGUGACCAGCGAAGUCAGUGUCACACAGACAGAGUGGAAAACUGGAAAAGUCCUCAUCUGUGAAGUGUCUGAUCAGACUUUGAAAACAAGUGCUAACGAUAGUCUCAGCUUCUGCUCAGGGGUUCCAGCUUCCUCCCAGAUCGUUGGUGUUUAUGUUCAGGGGCCUCCACUUCAGGAGCUGCUAAACAAAAGACAGGUGACUGUCACCUGUCUUCUGGUUGGGCCUCAGUUGGGAGAUUUUCUCAUCACUUGGAAAGUGAACGGGAAAAUACAAUCCUCAAAUGUACAUACAGAGCAACCAGUGGGGCACAGUAAUGGGACAGAGACCUUGAAAAGCUGCAUGCAUUUGUCACCAAGAGACUGGGACGCUUAUGAAAACGUGUCCUGUGAAGCAAAGCACCAGUGCUCCGACCAGGGAUACAAGGACCAAAUGAGCAAGAGCAAAGAUUUACUUCCGCCCACAGUGAAGAUAAUACAACCAACCGCCUCUGAGCUCGCCAACUCAGAUCUCCUCACACUCACUUGUCUGAUAUCGGGAUAUUACCCAUCCAAUAUCAUAGUGUAUUGGGAAGAGAAUGACCAGAAGCUGCCAUCAACUCACUUCACCAACAGCGGUGUAUGGACAUAUGAAGGGAGUAGCUCAUAUUCAAUGAGCAGCAAACUAAACAUAUACAAAACUCACGAGAAAAGCUUGACAUAUUCUUGUUUAGUCCUACAUGAGUCCUCUGAGAAUCUGUACAAAAGUACGAUAGAGAAUGUGUUUGCCACAGUGACGUACAGUAAACCUUCGGGCAUCUUGCUCCAGGGUAAAAACAAACUUGUUUGUUUGGUCUCCGGCUUCAGUCCAGCAUCUAUUAACAUUACAUGGUUCCUCGACGAAACUAAACAACUGUCAAACUUCAAUACUACCGAGUCCCAAAUGAGUCAAAAUGGAAAGUUCAGCAUCCAAAGCCACCUUCCUCUGUCUGCUCACAACUGGAUACCUGGCGCAGUCAUCACCUGUGUGGUGGCACAUGCAAACACGACACUAUUUCUGAAUAUAUCUAAUCCAGACACCUUGGAUGGCUGUAAUUUCUUAGAUGACAUCUUGCAUGCUGACAUUUACCAAGAUAUUGAUGUGGACAGCUGGUACUUGGUCUUAGCUUUCCUGCUUCUUUUCCUCAUCUCUCUUAUCUAUAGUGUUUCUUUGACCAUAAUUAAGGUGAGUCUACAGCCAGUCAUUUUGGUAUUCCAGAGCAAACUUGUUACUUAGUGCUUUUUUUCAGACCAUUUUAAAAAUGUAUGUAAUUAUUAUUACUAAAUAUUUGUACAUUGUACAAAUUAAAAUUGUAUUCUGUUUUUACCUUUCAGACUAAGUGAUGACCAGAAGACACAAACUUGCAUUUCUUUUUUUCUGUAAUUGGUUGUUUCUUUUUUGUCAUUCAGUAUAAUCAUCUGUAUGUAACAUUCAAAUAAUAUCCCAAUAAACUAUUUUGAGUGAACUGAA